UGGAAAAGUAGCCUCUUUGGCCAUUUUCAUGUAUUACCCAUCAAUCUUCAAAACGUACUGGUAACUGGGGGAGCAGGGUACAUUGGGAGUCACACAGUGCUGCAAUUGCUGCUAGAUGGGUAUAAGGCGGUGGUUGUCGACAAUUUGGGCAAUUCUUCGGAAAUUGCCAUCAACAGAGUUCGAGAACUCGCUGGUAAACAUGGCUCCAACCUCAGUUUUCACCAGAUGGAUCUUCGAGAUAAGCCAGCACUUGACAAGCUUUUUGCUUCUCAAACGUAAGUUUCUGUGGCAUCAUUCUGAUUAUUUGCUUGAACCUCAGAGGAUAAUUUUUAAGAUGGGUGGCAAAGAUUUGAUGAUUAUGGGAGAUGAUUUUCUCUAUAUCACAUUUUUUGCUGCCAAUUUCACUCAACCCAGGUUUGAUGCUGUUAUUCAUUUUGCGGAAUUGAAAGCUGUUGGAGAAAGUGUGCAGAAACCUUUGAUAUAUUAUAACAAUAACCAAAUUGAUACAAUUUCUCUACUAGAGGUCAUGGCUGCCCACAGAUGCAAAAAACUUGUAUUUUCAUCAUCAGCAACUGUUUAUGGUUGGCCAAAAGUGGUACCAUGCACAGAGGAAUUUCCUAGAUGCGCUAUGAAUACCUAUGGACGGACAAAGCUUUUUAUUGAAGAAAUGUGCCGUGAUAUUUACGAGUCCGACUCUGAAUGGAAAAUCAUACUGCUGGUGGAAUUCCAAAUAAUCUCAUGCCGUUUGUUCAACAAGUGGCUGUUGGCAGGAGACCUGCAUUAACAGUGUUUUGAACUGACUAUGGAGCCAAGGACGGUACUGGG